GCCCCCGGAGGCGCCCCGCCCCUCUCGCGCCUGCGCGGUGAGUGUCGACGGCCUCGAGCGCCUAGGCGGGAGGUGUUUCUGCAGGAGAGAAGAGAGCCGCUACAAGUGGACGUGGCUCAACAGGCUUUAGGAUGUCCGAAGAUGAAGAAAAGGUGAAGUUACGCCGACUUGAGCCAGCUAUCCAGAAAUUCACUAAGAUAGUGAUCCCAACAGAUCUGGAGAGGUUAAGAAAACACCAGAUAAACAUCGAGAAGUAUCAGCGGUGCAGAAUUUGGGACAAAUUGCAUGAAGAACACAUCAAUGCAGGGCGCACUGUUCAGCAACUCCGCUCUAAUAUCCGAGAAAUGGAAAAGCUUUGUUUGAAAGUCCACAAGGAUGACCUGGUUCUUCUGAAGAGGAUGAUCGAUCCUGUUAAGGAAGCAGCAGCAGCAGCCACAGCAGAGUUUCUCCAGCUCCACCUGGAGUCUGUUGAAGAACUCAAGAAACAAUUUAAUGAGGAAGAAGCUUUAUUACAGCCUUCUCUGACCAGAUCCACGACUGUUGGUGGAGCACUCCACACUGCGGAGGCCGAAGCUGCUUCUCAGAGUCUGACUCAGAUAUAUGCCUUGCCUGAAAUUCCUCGAGACCAAAAUGCUGCUGAAUCCUGGGAUAACUUAGAAGCGGACUUAAUCGAACUUAGCCACCUGGUCACUGAUUUCUCCCUCCUAGUAAAUUCUCAGCAGGAGAAGAUUGACAGCAUUGCAGACCAUGUCAACAGUGCUGCUGUGAAUGUUGAAGAGGGAACCAGAAACUUGGGGAAGGCUGCAAAAUACAAGCUGGCAGCUCUGCCUGUGGCAGGUGCACUCAUCGGAGGAGUGGUGGGGGGUCCCAUCGGCCUCCUCGCAGGCUUCAAAGUGGCAGGAAUUGCAGCUGCACUUGGUGGUGGUGUGUUGGGCUUCACAGGUGGAAAAUUGAUACAAAGAAGGAAACAGAAAAUGAUGGAGAAGCUCACUUCCAGCUGUCCAGACCUCCCUAGCCAAAGCGACAAAAAAUGCAGCUAAAGCUCAGGCUUCCACCUGGGCCACGCGUCCACCCUAAGGAGCACCUCGCUGCUGCGGAGUGCUCAGCUGCUGGACAGUGUCAGCCAGCCGUUCUCCAUGGCCAUGUGCUGUUGAGCCUCCGUCACUGGAUGCAUUUGUUUGCUGGCUGUUAAUGGAGAUGUUAGGAGUGGAGGAGCCUGGGCCGAGGGGUGUGGUGUCUGUCAGGUCCAGUUUAAAGACUGCCAAAGAGCAAAUGUUCUGCCUGGAAAUGUGAAGAUUGAACCUAUAACUCUAAGGAUCUAAGAUGUGUACAAAUGUAUCAGGCACAGGAGGGUCAAUGUGUUUGUAGAUUAUUUCCUCCUGUAGGGAGAAACAGAAUGUCAGUUCGGGAGUCUUUCUGUCAGGUAGGGAUGUUGCUGCCUAACAAGGGGUGCAGGUGAACUAUUUCUGUACUUGGGGACUGAUUGUACUUGGAUCCAUCUAUAUUUUCUGGUGAAGGAAAUUAAUACUAUAAAAUGGAAAGAGAAGCCCA